UGUGCAUAUUGUAAAUAAACAACAAAGAUUGAGUUAUAACGGCCGUAAUUGUGAAAAAGAAAUCACUAGAAGUAAAUAUAUUGCUUGGAUUAAACAUUUAAGAUGAACUUGUCAUGGUUACCAUGUGUUUUGAUUUUGACACUGCUAUCAGCCAGCAAUGCAGUACUAACACACACUCUUCAAGAACAUUACCCCCCCGAAAUCAUGACGGCAGUUUUUGAUGCAUUUGGUUUUAAUGAACGAGGCACUCGCAAACAAGACACCGAUGUAAUAAGGUCAAGGUUUCAGCUUAAUGAGUUAAGCCCUAAAACUCAAGAACUAUUAAGAAGAGCUGAACGACCAUGCACGCCAUAUAACUGCACAGACGAACCAAAAGUUCCACCCAUAAACCUGUGCAUCAUUAUACAGAAGUCAUGUACGGUGAAAUCCAGUGAUGUAAAGCUGGCUUACAAUCAUGCUAGAGCUAUCAUUAAGACCAUUAACAAUGCUGAUGUAAUUAGUACUGUCAUAUACUCGGCUGAGGGAGAAGUACAGGACAAACUAAGGAGGACGAAGGGAGCCAAGAUCAAGAAAAUUAGAAAAAUUCUGAAGAAAUUUAGGCCACCUUCCACGAAGAAACAGAUUUGCGAGGACUGUAAGGCCAAUACAAAAGAUGCCAUCCAUAAGUGCUGGGAUGAGUUCGACAAACAUGGAGCAAACAACACACUGCAAGAUGUGAUCAUUAUAUACACUGAUGGUGUUUCCUUUGAUACAAGGUUUAACCUUGUGGAGGAAAGACAGAGAACUCUGGAUAAGGUGGAAAGUACAAAACUAAGAACGUCCCCUGUAGUUUCAUAUGUCUUCAAGUAUGAUAACCCUAGUGGCCCCGUUAACGGAGACAUUGAGUGGAAUGCUUUGAAUAUCCCUAGUGAUGUCGCCAACAUGCAUCAAGGAGUGCCUAUGAGUUUGACUAAAGCAUCGGACGGAGUAAAAUUUGUAUCUGAGAUGUGCAAGGGUGUGCCUGACUGUACGCCCAAACCACCGUCUUGUGGACAGAUAGAUCUUGUUCUAAUCGUGGAUCGAUCCAACAGUAUUACAAUACCAAACAUAAAACGUACGAAAUUGUUUCUACGUAAUUUGGUUUCUCACUUGCAAAUAUCAGAGGGGAACGUGCGGAUAGGUUUGAUUUCGUAUAAUCAAAAUGUAACUGUCCAUGCAAGCAUUGGUGCAAAACUUAACAAGACGCAGGUGCUUUCCAAAAUCGCCGCUAUUCCAAAUAGAAAUGCUUUAGCGACCCAUACUCAUGAAGCAAUCUUUGAAGCGAGACAGAUGUUAUUGGCAAGUCAAAGGAGAAGGCUAGCGAAGCAGAUAAUGAUUAUUGCCACUGAUGGUCAGACUUGGCUGCUGAAAGACAAUGCCGGAGGAUAUGCUGCCCGGCACAAUUCUCCACUAACUGUUAACCAAUCAAGAUUAGCUAAGAAAGAAGGAGUUGAACUAUAUUUCUUAGGGUUACCUAAUAGGGGUGGCAAGAAAAAUGGCAUAGAUGAAGAGUGGAUACCCUCAUCAAGUGAGCCAUUUGAGUGUCACUUUGUCGACAUGACGGACCCAGGAGUAACAUUUGAUGACCUUGUUUUUGCGAGAUUUCAUCUUUUGGUACAGUUGUGCCUUGCUAAUGGUGAAUGUCGUUAUGCAGAAGAAGAUACUGAUGAGGCUACAACAACAGUGGGGUCUUAGGAUUCUCCCUUAUAACAAUGUUAACCUGUACGUGACAUUUAAUAAAAAACUUAUUUUGAAGAAAAUACACACUAUUAUCGUAUGAUCUAUAAAAUGAAGCCCCUGAUUGGUCAGUUCUUGUGUUGCACCAACCUGUAUUGCUACUGAGAUUGUCCCCAUUGAUCAUCUCCGUCGCAAUUACAGAAAAUAUUGGUACGGGGGACAAUCUCAGUAGCAAU